UUGAGGAAUUGGUUGCAAUGCAAUUAUCUUAUGCUAAAGAGCAAGCUAAAGUCACUGCACAAGAAGAAGUCCCACCAUAUUAUAAUCAAUUUGAAAGACAAGCCAUUUUGGAUGCUGCUGAAAUUGCUGGAUUACAUGUACUAUUCUUGAUUAAUGAUCAGACAGCUGUUGGAAUAAACUAUGCCAUAACACAUUUUUCUUCUAUUACUGAGGAACCACAAAUCCAUUUAUUCUAUGAUAUGGGUGCUGGAAGCACUAAAGUUAGUGUGAUCAAAUUUAAUAUUGUAAAUAACAAGGAUCUUCAGAAACAUUUUGCAACAAAAUUUGAUGAUUUACACAGUGGUAAGCUGAAAGAAUCAAUUUUUAAGUCUGAUCAUGCUAUGACAAAAUUAUUUAAAGAGGCAAAUAGGGUAAAACAAAUUCUUAGUGCUAACACAGAAACAAUAGCUUCAAUAGAAAAUUUACAUGAAGAAAAAGAUUUUAGAAUUACAAUUUCAAGAAAAGAAUUUGAAGCUAUUACAGAUGAUUUGAUCAA